AUGAAGACGCCCUUGAUAUUUCUACUUCACCUUGGUCUUCUCCAGACAUGUCUGGGCAAGAAGUGCUACUACCCAGGGGGCGAAGAGGCGCCGGGCGACUUGCCCUGUGACACGGAAGCUGAGCAUAGUCCGUGUUGUGCCGGUGGGAAAAUCGCCGGGGCCUGCCUUGCGAACAAACUCUGCUUGGCCAAGGGGAAUCCAGACUGGUACGCUCGGGGAUCGUGUACCGACCCGACAUUUGAGGCCCCGGAGUGCCCCAAGUUCUGCUUAAGCCACGAGGGCCGAGGGUGGAAUCUGGAUUAUUGCUUUAGUCAGACCGGUUCUGAGACAGCUUUUUGCUGCGAGGGUGACGCCAACUGUUGUGCAGCAGGCCGCUUGGAGAUCCAACCGGCGCCUACACACGUGUGGGCUUUAUGGAACGGUGCAGUGUCGCGGUACGACGUCGUAACUCCGCUCGGGACAGCAAAAGAGACAUCCGCUCCGACGAGCUCAGCCACAAGUUCGGGUACGACCUCGGACGCAGUAGAACACUCGUCCACAGAAACCACCUCGGCAUCAACCACUGGAACCGCAGCAGGAGGAGACCGGUCAGACGCCACGGGCUCCGCAAACUCGAACUCAAACGCAAACUCGAACGAAUCCACUGGACUAUCCACUGGGGCUCAGGCAGGCAUUGGGGUUGGUGCGGCUGCUGGUGCUCUCCUCUUGGCGGCCGUGGCAUUCUUGUGGUGGAGGAUGAACAGGAUGCAGAAGGCCAUGCUGGUGGCCCAGCAACAGGCGGCCGCCGCAUACCCGCCACCGGAGACGCCUGCGUACUAUUCCCGGACCCCGGCUGAGAAGCACGAGCUCAUGGCGGAGAGGCCUACCCACGAAUUGGCAGGUCAGCACUAUUAUGUCCAGGGGGAUACUAGGAGUGCCGAGCUGAGCAGUCAGCCGGCCUACACUCCGGUUGAGUCCCCAGCAGCCGGCCGUAACUACGGUCCAUGA